GCGCCUCGCCGAGGAUGGGCGGGGGGAAAUGCGACAGACAGUGCGGUCACUUCCGGCCCGGGAGCGCGCGGGUUGAUUCGUCCUUCCUCAGCCGCUGGCGCUCGCAGCUCGGAAAUGGCGGGAUUUGGUGCAAUGGAGAAAUUUUUGGUAGAAUAUAAGAGUGCAGUGGAAAAGAAGCUGGCCGAGUACAAAUGUAACACCAACACAGCAAUCGAACUAAAAUUAGUUCGUUUUCCUGAAGAUCUUGAGAAUGACAUAAGAACGUUCUUUCCCGAAUAUACCCAUCAGCUCUUUGGGGAUGAUGAAACUGCUUUUGGUUAUAAAGGUUUGAAGAUCCUGUUGUAUUAUAUUGCUGGUAGCCUAUCAACAAUGUUCCGUGUUGAAUAUGCAUCUAAAGUUGAUGAGAAUUUUGACUGUGUGGAGGCAGAUGAUGUGGAAGGAAAAAUCAGACAAAUCAUUCCACCUGGGUUUUGCACAAACACAAAUGAUUUUCUUUCUUUGCUGGAAAAGGAGGUUGAUUUCAAGCCAUUUGGGACCUUACUCCAUACAUACUCAGUUCUCAGUCCAACAGGAGGAGAAAACUUUACUUUUCAGAUAUACAAGGCUGACAUGACAUGUAGAGGCUUUCGAGAAUAUCAUGAAAGGCUUCAGACCUUUUUGAUGUGGUUUAUUGAAACUGCUAGCUUUAUUGACAUGGAUGAUGAAAGAUGGCACUACUUUCUAGUAUUUGAGAAGUAUAAUAAGGAUGGAGCUACGCUCUUUGCGACCGUAGGCUACAUGACAGUCUAUAAUUACUAUGUGUACCCAGACAAAACCCGGCCACGUGUAAGUCAGAUGCUGAUAUUGACUCCAUUUCAAGGACAAGGCCAUGGUGCUCAACUUCUUGAAACAGUUCAUAGGUACUACAUUGCAUCUCCUUCAGUUCUUGAUAUUACAGCGGAAGAUCCAUCCAAAAGCUAUGUGAAACUAAGAGACUUUGUGCUUGCAAAGCUUUGUCAAGAUUUGCCCUGUUUUUCCCAGGAAAAGUUAAUGCAAGGAUUCAAUGAAGAUAUGGCGAUACAAGCACAGCAGAAGUUCAAAAUAAAUAAGCAACAUGCUAGACGGGUUUAUGAAAUUCUCCGAUUGCUAGUAACUGACAUGAGUGAUGCUGAACAGUACAGAAGCUAUAGACUGGAUAUAAAAAGACGACUAAUCAGCCCAUACAAGAAAAAGCAGAGAGAUCUUGCCAAGAUGAGAAAAUGCCUCAGACCAGAAGAACUGACAAACCAGAUGAACCAGAUAGAAAUAAGCAUGCAACAUGAACAGCUAGAAGAAAGCUUUCAGGAAUUGGUGGAAGACUACCGACGUGUUAUUGAACGGCUAGCUCAAGAAUAACGAUUGUCCUAUUCUAUUCAGGAAGCUUCUACAUUUCUGUACAUUGUGCUGUGAAAACUCUGAUGAUUAUUUUAAUUUUAAAAUCUUGUAACAUUUUACUUACAUUAAAAGUUAUCUAUGUUAUCUUUAGUGGAAUAUUUUCUUUUUGAGAGAUUGUAUAUUUUAAAAUACUGUCUAGAGUUUAUGAACAUAUAUUCCAUUAAAAAAAAGAUGGCUUGUGAACUAUUGCAAUUGCUUUUCUUCUUAAAAAGUAUAAUAAAUGCUUAGUUG